ACGUGACAAGUAGUCUUUAUUAGCGCCUUCUCCGGAUCCUCGCCACCAGUCGGUUUCUUGUCGCCGGCCCCCUCGUGUUGCUCCGAGUAGCUCAGACACGUGAUCUCAACAUCCACGGGAACCACAUACAUCGACCGCCGACAUGGUGAAACUAGCCAAGGGAGCAAAAGCACAAGGCAAACCUAAGAAGGCCCCUCCCCCCAAGGAGGUGGAAGACAGUGAAGAUGAGGAAAUGGACGAAAGCGAAGAGGAGGCGAUGGUAGUUCCUGUGAAGACACCAUCUAAGAAGGCAACUCCUGCUAAGGCAACUCCAGGGAAGAAAGCUGCAACACCUGCAAAAGCUGCUGUCACACCGGGAAAGAAGGGCGCUACACCUGCAGGAGCCAAGAAUGGCAAAAAGGCAAAGAAGCAGGAAAGUGAAGAUGAAGAGGAAUCUGAAGAGGAAGAAUCUGAGGAAGAAAAGCCUGUUGCCAAGAAACCAGCUGCCAAAAAACCUGUAGCUAAAAAAGAAGAGUCUGAGGAUGAAGAUGAAGAGGAUGACGACGAUGAUGAGGAUGAUGAAGAGUCUGAGGAAGAGAAAAAGCCUGCUGUCAAGAAACCCGCUGCAAAGAAACCUAUUGCCAAGAAAACUCCAACUAAACAAUCCAAAAAAGAAGAAUCUGAAGAUGAGGAAGAUGAUGGAGAGGAAGCAAUGGAAGUGGCACCUCCAGUAAAGGGAAAGAAAGCAGUUGCUUCUAAAAAGGAAGAAUCUGAGGAGGAGGAAGAGGAUGAUGAUGAUGAUGACGAUGAGGAGGAGGAUGAAGAUGAUGACGAGGAUGAUGAUGAUGAUGAAACUGUAAAAGAAUCUGGAAAGCGCAAAAAAGAAAUGCUGAAAAAUAAAGCUGCCCCAGAGCAAAAGAAACAGAAGACAGAUGGAUCUGAAGGCUUGUCAGUCUUUAUUGCCAACUUGAAUUCCGGUGUGGACUUCGAUGAGCUAAAAGAUGGUAUAAGAGAGUUUUUCUCAAAGAGCAAUCUAACGGUUCAGGACGUCCGCAUUGGUGCUUCAAGGAAAUUUGGCUAUGCAGAUUUCUCUUCUGUCGAAGAGGUUGAGAAGGCAAUUAAACUGUCUGGAAAGAAGGUUCUUGGUUUUGACGUUAAAAUAGAGAGAGCAAAUACUGCUGCCGAGAAAAGCAAAAAUGCUGAAAAUAAGAAAGAGAGAGAUGCACGAACUCUGUUUGUAAAGAACUUGCCUUACAGCACAGGUGUUGAGCAGUUACAAGAGAUCUUUGAAAAUGCCAAAGAGGUUCGACUUCCCACUGGAAAAGAUGGGUCUAGUAAAGGGAUUGCAUAUGUGGAAUUCAACACUGAAGCAGAGGCAGAUAAAGCCAUUGAAGAAAAGCAAGGAUCAGAGGUUGAAGGCCGCUCAAUCUUCAUAGAUUACACUGGAGAAAAGAGCCAGAUGGCUGGAGGCAGAAGAGGAGGCGUAGGAGCUGAUUCCAAGGUACUUGUUGUAAACAACUUGGCAUACAGUGCUACAGAAGAUAGUUUGCAGGAAGUUUUCACAAAGGCCACUUCAAUUAGAAUACCACAGAACAACCUGGGAAGAGCCAAAGGGUUUGCUUUUGUGGAAUUCGAAUCUGUGGAAGAAGCAAAGGAGGCCCUAGAGUCCUCUAACAACACAGAGAUUGAGGGCAGGUCAAUACGUAUUGAGUUCAGCCAAGGAACUGGUCCUCAAGGGUCAAGUCAAUCAAAAACACUGUUUGUUAAAGGUCUUUCUGAAGACACUACCGAGGAGACCUUAAGAGAUGCAUUUGAUGGUUCUCUUAAUGCCAGAAUAGUAACAGACAGAGACACUGGUGCUUCAAAGGGGUUCGGUUUUGUAGACUUCUCUUCAGCUGAAGAUGCUAAAGCUGCCAAGGAUGCAAUGGAGGAUUGGGAAAUUGAUGGGAACAAAGUUACAUUAGAUUUUGCUAAGCCCAAAGGAGAUGGUGGCCGUGGCGGCUUUGGUGGCAGAGGCGGUGGCCGUGGCGGCUUUGGUGGCAGAGGCGGUGGCCGUGGCGGCUUUGGUGGCAGAGGCGGUGGCCGUGGCGGCUUUGGUGGCAGAGGCGGUGGCCGUGGCGGCUUUGGUGGCAGAGGUGGUGGCCGGGGAGGAUUUGGAGGUAGAGGAGGUGGAGGAUUCCGAGGUGGAAAUCAAGGAAAGAAAACGAAGUUUGACGAUUGAAUGGUUUGAUUCUUCUGUCUCCAAGCCUCAAGCCAUCUCCCUUAACUGAAAGGACUCUGAGGGUAGGAGUGGGGAUAUUUGUUCUCCCUGCCCCCCUCCCUCCCUAACAAAAACUAGCAUCUACAGAGCCUUCUGUGUGGACAUUCCAAUGUGGAGACAUACUUUCCUGUUGACACCUGGACAUCGUCAUUUCAUGGAGGAUGUGACUGUAUCUUAGACUUUUUUUUCUUUUUUUUUUUUUUAAGAGGAGUGCGCGUGAGAGACCCCGUAAUGAAAUUGUAAACUUGUGUUUUACCUACUGUACAUUUAUAUAUUUUUGUUCCCUCCAAAUCCUGUAGUAUUUUGCUCUAAUGCAGAAUGUUCUGGUUUGUGCUUCAGCAGCUUGUCUUCAGAUUAAAGGAGCUCAUCUGGUUAUGUAUUAUUGGUAUAAAUGUUUUUAGAUAUUACACUCUUAGAACUGUACUUUGUAGCAAUGUAUCCCUUUUUGUUUGUGCCAUUUAUCUAAAAUGUUGCCAAUUUGCCCUUUUCAUGGUUGCAGCUAGAGAUGACCAAAGUUACUGUACUUCGAUUCUGCACGAACUUUGCAGCUCGGCAGUUGUUGACUUUAUCCUGCAUAAAUUAGUUCAGCUUUCAGGUGCCCCAGUGGGCUGGAAAAGGUGGAUAAAGUCCUAGAGGACUGUCAACCUUAAGCCCACCGGAGCACAUGAAAGCCAAACUAAUUUAUGCAGGCAAAAGUCCGCAACUGCUGAGCUGUGAGGUUCGUGCAGAAUCGAAGUACUGUAACUUCGGUCAUCUCUAGCUGCAGAAGUUGACCCAUUAACAGCAUUUAUCACGUAACCACAAAAUAAGUGAUAUAAUAUUGAGGGUCUGACUGCCAGGACCCUCCACAAGUAAAGAGCAGAGGUAUGCAUCAUGGUAGUUGGAAUGCUGCUCUGCCUAUUCCUUAAUCAUUAAAUGUGACAAAGGCGCACCAUCAGACUUUUGGUGGGGGAUAAAAGAUCCAGUAAUGUAUGUAUUGUCUAUUCUGCUUGGAGUUAAAUGCUGUUAAUGGGCAAACCCCUUCAAUAAAAUGCUUUUGUUUAAAGCUGCUUUAAAAGACUGAUAUAAACUUACAAUUUUUGUUAAACAUCUUAAA